AAACUUAACGUGGACCAAUAACUCCUGGCCACAGUUCACGGAAUGUUUCCAGAACACAGUCUUAGUAUGGGUCUGUUUCGGCUGGAUUCUCCUCACGGCGCCCUUCUAUGCUGCCCAUUUGAUUUCCAUCCAAAAAGUAAACCGCCCUUUCGGUUGGCUGUUUCUAAGCAAGCUCUUUCUCAGUGUUUUUCUGGCUGUUUUGAAAAUUUCGGAUUCAGUCCUUAAAUUGGAAUCACAGACACUCUACACAACUGUAUUACCUCCCUUAUUUAUGGUACUCGCUAUGAGUCUUCAUUGCUACUUGGCCUACCUGGAGUGGUCAAGAAAUGUAGUGCGGUCACCUAUUUUAUUUUUCUUCUGGGUUCUUGUUGCUGUCAUCAAGUUGAUUUACUUUUACCAUUCUAUAAUGUUGCAGGAAUAUACUCUUAGCAAAGUAAAUUUUGGGUUGUUGUCAGUCAAGUUUUUUAUUUCAAUAUCUGUUGUGAUUAUCUAUUGCUUUUCUGAUUAUCAUGGGGAAAAAGUAAAGGAACGAAACCCAGAGAUGUUAUCGCCUCUUUUGUCUUGGGUAACUUUGGCUUGGUUUGAAAGUUUUGUGCUCAGAGGAUGUAGAACUCCUAUUAAAGAUGAAAAUGUGUAUGAACUUAACCCUAGAGAUAAAGCUGAGAAGGCAUUCAAAAGGUUGUGUGGAGUUUGGAAUCAGGAAGUUCAAAGUUUACACAGGUAA